GUCCCGGAUGAGAUAAAUAAUAAAAUAAAUGUACAUGUAUUUCCGUAUUUAUAUAAGUAUGGGUAGUUAAAAACCUAGAUAUUAUUAUUAUUGUUAUAGACUUUGUUAUACUGCAGCUAUACAGUAAAUUAUGCUUGUACAUGUAUUGGUGUGAACAGAACGCUAAACAUAUAGUCCGGGACCUUUCAUACGUCACGUGUAGAAUAUACGGGAGCGUUACAACGUCUCUGUGGGUGGCAACGACAUUGCAUUGGCACCUAAUUUGUUCGAAGAAUCCGACGAGAACACGAGAGUACACGUACGACGUUUCGAUCCGGAAAGAGGAGGACAUGGCUCAGAGCUUACCAAAUCCUCAUUUAGAACAUCUCAAGAAAGACAAUCUCUAUCACCUCGGAUUUUCAACAGACGAUGAUCUGAAAACACUCUUCGGCGACGUGAAAUUUGUGUGCAUGGGAGGCAGUGCUACUCGCAUGGAGGAAUUGGCAAGAAUGCUGUGUGACGAACUAUCCGACAUCGUACCGGUAAAAAGCAAGCCCGAGAACAUUUGCAAAACCGAUCGCUUUGUCAUGUACAAAGUAGGUCCCGUCCUGGCAGCCAACCAUCAUAUGGGCAUGCCUUCGUUGUCCAUUAUUCUACACGAGCUGAUCAAACUUCUUUACUAUGCUGGCUGUGAAGCACCGCUCUUCAUUAGAAUCGGCACGUCGGGAGGCAUUGGUGUUCCACCUGGAACUCUCGUUAUUGCCGACAAGGCAUACGACGAACACCUGAAGAGUCAACAUCAAGAUGUCGUUCUUGGCAAAGUGCGAGUUACUGAUGCAACGUUUGACCAAAAAGUAGCGGAAGAAAUACUAAGUCUACACACGGAAACAUCAUACGACGCUAUUAUUGGUUCAACACUAGGAACACAAGACUUCUACGAAGGACAGGGCCGCCUCGAUGGCGCCAUUUGUGAGUACACCGAAGAAGACAAAAGGGCAUAUCUACUCGAGCUUCAAAAGCUGGAAAUUAAGAACAUCGAAAUGGAGGCAACAAAAAUCGCAUCGCUAUGCCAGCGAACCAAUCGGCAAGCCGCAAUGGUGUGUGUCACUCUAGUUGAUAGACUGGCUGGUGAUCAGGUAGAUCUACCCAAGGAGACGUAUGCGGAGUAUCAACUGCGACCGCUGACAUUGAUGAUCAAAUUUAUUAAGCAUCGUUUGACUCAGUCACGUGAUGCAACAAGGAAGCGGACACAGACACUAGAUACGAAUGUGAGUGACAGCAGUAAAGUGAAAAAGACCGUGUGAUGAAUUCGAAAUAACUGAUACGAACAACUAUGUGGACUAAUGACUUUUUCAUUAUGUGUACAUGCACUCUGUGUUAGACUUAGAUAUUUUAUGUCACAGGAAUUUUUUGUUGACCUCACAAAUUGAUUCAAAAAUUGGUGUACUUUGAUAAUAA